AUGCCGGCAGCACCCGUCUCCGCGGCGACGGUAGCAUCUUCCAUGGCUGGAUCUGGCGCGAGCUUAUGCAGGAGCUCGCCGAUGUGCUGCUACUGCUGGGAAAGCGGCUCAUGGGGGCAUCUGUCAUCGGGGUUGCUACCAAUGGGAAGGCCAGCCUCCGAUGCGGAGGAUCUCAGUGUCGUCAAGCAUGACGGGCAGCAGACAAACCUCCAUUGUGGCUCCCGGCAGGCUGGCACCUACUACUGUGUUUGCACAGAUUCUUUUUGGCAGCGCGCCAGGCUCCUCCUCCAGCUCCUGUGCCAGGAUGGCGGUGGCUCCAUGCUUGGAGGAAUCGGGUCCACCAUUGCUCAAGGUAUGACAUUUGGUACUGUUAGUGCCAUGGCACACAGGGUUGUUGAUGCUGUAUUGGGUCCCGGACCAUUCAGCAUGAGACUGUUGUCUCAGAGGCUGCUGCUGCCCCUGCUGCUCCAGCGAUGGACACUGAUGCUUGCAGCAUCCAUUCUAAGGCCUUCCAAGAUGUUCCUGAUUAAACCUUUUUGUUUGCCUGUCAUAUUGUUCACAUUACAGGAGCACGGUGAGACUGAGGAGUUCUUCACUUCAUAUGAUGAAGUUUUUGAGAGUUUUGAUGACAUGGGCCUCCAAGAGAAUCUUCUGAGAGGCAUUUAUGCUUAUGGUCUUGAGAAGCCUUCUGCAAUUCAGCAGAGAGGAAUUGUUCCCUUCUGCAAGGGGCUUGAUGUCAUUCAGCAAGCACAAUUCAUGCGCGCGCUUGGUGAUUAG